CCAAUCGGUAGGUGAAGACGUUUGAUAUUGAUCAGGCACUCCACACACCGCUCACAUUUAUACAGCCAUCAACCACUUAAUUUUUUCACAACAAAAAUCACAUAUUUGUUUGUUCGUCUGUUGACUCUCUCUCUAUCUCUCGAGGGGUGUUCUGAGAUCACACACAAGCUAUAACAAUGGUGAAGGCUGUCGUUGUUCUGAACAGCAGUGAAGGUGUCAGUGGCACCGUACACUUCACUCAAGAAGGAGAUGGUCCAACUACAGUUACCGGAAGCGUCUCUGGGCUUAAACCUGGACUUCAUGGUUUCCACGUCCAUGCUCUUGGUGAUACAACGAAUGGUUGCAUGUCAACUGGACCACAUUUUAAUCCUGCUGGCAAACUGCAUGGUGCUCCUGAGGAUGAGAAUCGCCAUGCCGGUGACCUUGGCAACAUCACAGUUGGUGCAGAUGGCACUGCAUGUUUCACCAUUGUUGACAAACAGAUCCCUCUCUGUGGCCCAAAUUCCAUCAUUGGAAGGGCUGUUGUUGUCCAUGGAGACCCUGAUGAUCUGGGAAAGGGUGGCCAUGAACUCAGCCUAAGUACUGGAAAUGCUGGUGGAAGGAUUGCCUGUGGUAUCAUUGGCCUGCAGGGUUGAUUAGCCAUUCAUGAGUUGCUGUUUACUUCAAAUCCUGCUACCGAAUUGCAACCCUGCAACUGUGUGAAAAAUCAAGUUACUAGUGAAGGCUUGUUUGGUAUAAAUAAAAGAUUGGUUGAGACUUGGGAUAGUUGAACUUAUGGUUUGCUCAGUAAUGCUUAUUGCCUUCCUUUUCCUAUGGUGAAGCGAUUUUGCAACUAAUUUCAUGCCAUUUUGUGCAUUUAUUAAUGUGAUGGGUUCAAUAUCAAGGAACAAAAUUUAAUGGGCUCUGGCUGGCAUGUUUUGCAAUUCUUAGCUAUUAUUCUACAUUUUCAAAGGCGGAGGUGGGGGUGUUUCACCCUCCAAUUUUCA